AUGAAGUGUCGAACUAUGAAGUGUCGAACUAUGAAGUGUGGAACUAUGAAGUGUGGAACCGUGAAGUGUCGAACUAUGAAGUCUGGAACUAUGAAGUCUGGAACUAUGAAGUCUGGAACUAUGAAGUGUGAAACCAUGAAGUGUCGAACUAUGAAGUGUCGAACUAUGAAGUGUCGAACUAUGAAGUGUCGAACUAUGAAGUGUGGAACUAUGAAGUGUGGAACUAUGAAGUCUGGAACUAUGAAGUGUGGAACUAUGAAGUGUGAAACCAUGAAGUGUCGAACUAUGAAGUGUCGAACUAUGAAGUGCGGAACUAUGAAGUGUGGAUCUAUGAAGUGUCGAACUAUGAAGUGUCGAACUAUGAAGUGUUGA